UUAUACGGCCACUCUCAGUGUAAACUGUAUCGCUGUUGAUGAAGUAUGCCUUGCAUUUACGUGUGUGUGCGUACAGGAGCCGCUCAUAUCUUGUGAUUGGGCGGGCACGUUGUUAGAAGGGAUGAAAAGCGGACGUGACGUCAGCUCGUAGAGGACGUUAAAAGCAGUGCCUGUAAGGCACGCCCCCAAGACUGUGGAAUACGAGAAAUAAUGACUGAUGAACACCUUCGUUUGAUAAUGAGGGAUGCCUCAGCUCAAAGCCUGAGCCCCGACAUUAAUGAACUAGCAUCCAAGAAAAGAUGGCAGGUAUCUGGCUUGGGCAGAUUAGAUCAGUGUGUUGCAAACUGAGCAGUUUAAAGUCCUGAAUGGUUGGUUUAUUCAUAAUUUUAUUUUCAAAUGUAUUAGCCUGUGGAAAAAGUUAAUGUUGAUAUUUACCUCAGAAGGCUGCAAAUAGAAAAGAGGCAUUCAAUUUGUAUUUAAAUUGUAUUUGAUAUGCCAUUGAUAUUUUUUAAUUAUUAUUAUUAUUAUUAUUUGAAACUCGAUUUUGCAUGUCACUAUAAAGUUAUAUAAGCCUUGCUUGUUCAAUAUUUAAUGCAAAACUUGUUUGGGUCCCUAUUAAAAAGGUUAAUUUGUUCAACCUUGGCCCGCGGCUUUGUUCAGUUUUAAAUUUUGGCCCACUCUGUAUUUGAGUUUGACACCCCUGCCUUAGAGGGAAAACUAAUUUAAAACAUAUGUAUGCUCCUACAACACUAAAAACCUUUAGCACAUCAGUAUGUGGAAUUAAAUUAUAAUAAUAAUAAUGACGCACUUUACAUUUGUUAAAAUCUCAAAGUGCUACAAAGUAUAAAAAAUAGAAAGUUAGAAUAUAUAAUAGAAAGGAAAACAUGCAAAACCCUAGAUAAAACAGAAACAGAUAAAAAUAGAAAUAAAAGCAUGAAAGCACUUGAUAAAAACAGAUAGGCAAGCAGUGUAUUUAAAAACAAAAAGGCAGAGAAAUUAGAUAAAAGCUGUGCUAAAAAGGUGGGUUUUUAGUCCCUUCUUAAAACUGUUGACCGACUGUGAUGCUCUAAGAUGGUCGGGGAGAGCGUUCCAGAGUUCGGGUGCGGUCGAGCAGAAAGCCCGGCGGCCCAUUGUUUAUGUCUGUGUCGGUGCGGGGCCUGUACUUUUUGCUGACCCUGUUUUUGGCCAGUUUCUUCGGGAGUGUUUUCAUGCUGGGUCCGUUCUUGCCCCUCAUGCUGCUGUCCCCCGCUUGGUACCGCUGGAUCACCGAUCGCAUCGUCGCUACCUGGCUCACCCUGCCUGUGUCUUUGCUGGAGCUGGUGUUUGGGGUGAAGGUGGUGAUCACGGGCGACGCGUUUGUCCCCGGGGAACGUAGCGUCAUCAUCAUGAACCACCGCACGCGCCUAGACUGGAUGUUCCUCUGGUGCUGUCUGCUGAGGUACAGCUACCUACGCCUGGAGAAGAUCUGCCUCAAGGCUGCGCUCAAGGCUGUGCCUGGCUUUGGCUGGGCCAUGCAGGUGGCUUGCUUUGUAUUCAUCCAUCGGCGCUGGGAGAAGGACAAGGAGCACAUGGAGAACAUGCUCGACUACUUCUGCGACAUCAGAGAGCCCCUGCAGCUGCUUCUCUUUCCCGAGGGCACCGACCUCACCGAAAACACGAGAGCGAGGAGCGAUAAGUUCGCCUCCGAGAACAACCUCCCGAAAUACGAACACGUGCUGCAUCCGCGCACCACCGGGUUCACUUUCAUUGUGGAGCGGCUACGAAAAGGAGACAACCUCGACGCCGUCCACGACAUCACGGUGGCGUACCCCAAGAACAUCCCCCAGACCGAGCGCCACCUCAUGCUGGGCCUCUUCCCCCGCGAGAUCCACUUCCACGUGUGCCGCUAUCCUGUGGCGGCGCUGCCCGCGUCCCCCGCACAGCUGGAGUCCUGGUGUCAUGAGCGCUGGGCCGAGAAGGAGGUCCGCCUGCGGGACUUUUACUCGGGUCAACCGCGGGGCUUCGAGCGGGAGGGCGUCGCCCGCGUGCCGCCGUGCAAGUCGGAGCUGCGCGUGGCUCUGAUCAAAGCGGCCUCCUUGCUGUACUGGAACGCUUUCAUCGUGCUGUGUUUCGCCGGCCUGUGGCUCUGGGCCCCCAUCAGGCUCUAUUUGGUGGUCAUGGUGGGGGUGUUUGUCGCCCAGCAGAAGCUGGCAGGCGGGCUGGAGCUGCUGGAGCUGGCGUGCCAUCGCUACUGGACGUCCGUGGCUGCCAAUGGCGAGAAGAAGAAGACCGAGUGAGGACCCUUUAGGGGUCAGCCAUGCAUUUCAAAAAGGGAAUAAGACCACCUGACCUCAGUGAAUACUGCUUACAAGGAUGUGUUGACGCCAUCCGCCACUUUGCGUAUCCUUUUGUUUGCUCCCCCUAAACCGCAAGUUUAUGUUUUGAUGCUCGCGAACUGCAACCCGAUGUCCACCUGGUCAUGUUAGUGCAGAUCUAAAGGAGUUUACUUGGAAUGUUCCUCCGCUUGAGUCAGCCGUAUGGCGU